UCUAGGGGGGGCGGGGGAGCGGCGUUCAUCGGGGAGGUCAACCGUUUGUCAAGCUGGAUUGGAUCGCUUCUGGUCAGUCAAUCACAGAAUCGGGUUGUCACGUACCACGCUGCUGCCGCCGCAACCGAGCGCCACGGGGCCUCGUCGGGGGGUUACCUGGCCCGCCACACUCGUUACCUGGCGGGGCGCGGGUCGCCGUCACCUCUAGGGUCGUCGCUAAGCUCGCCAACGCCAUCGACAUCGCAUGCUAUCCCAGAUCUCCGACCGACCUCACCAUCUGCCUCCUCCACGGCCUCCUCCUCCUCGCAUCUCUCCGCGCUGAGGUACCUUAGGGGUGGGGGGGGGAAGGCCACACCCUCCCCCUCCCCCACCCCUCCGCAGCCCCCCCCAGAGGACGAGACAGACGAGGGAGAGGCGUCGGACCUGACCUGGAGUCCGCUGCCGAAACGCAAUGAUAGGAGAGUCACGGAAAAGCUCUGUGUUGCGCUGCUCUGUGGUGGCCGGGAGGGGGCGGAGGGCGCUGAGGGGGGCCGAGGGGUACCGGAGCACCACCCCACACCAUCCCAGCCGGUCACCCCAUCCCGUCCCGGCGUGGGGAAGUCCCGUCGUUGGCCGUAUCGACAACUUGCGCUCACGGCUCCACCCUCCCCCACUUCAUCCUUCUCCCCGCCCCUCUCCCCCACUCCACACCACCUCCGCCCCUGCACCAACCCCCGGGACACCCCAACGCACCACCCCAACCACGCGCACGCCCCGCUACCCCCCGCCCCGGCCAGCGAUUUGACCUUAGAUUCGCUUCACGAUUUGGAGUGGCUUUCGGAAAUGGAGCCCGGGGAACAGGUUGUCUUGGAGGUACAUGUUAUAUGGUCCAUACUCUCCCUGAUGGUGGUCCUGCUGGCCUGCUACAGCCUGCACCACCACCCCCCCCUCACUGGCUAGGGGGGGGGAGGGAGCGGGGAGGGUGGGGGGGUCUGUGUGUGUGUGUAUGUGUGUGUGUGUGUGUGUGUUGGUGCUAAUGUGGGAGAGUGAGAGAGAGAGCGAGAGGAAAAGAAAGACAGAGAGAGAGAGAGAGAGAGAGAGAGAGAGAGAGACUUACACACACACACACACACACACACACAUUUCCAAACAUAAUUUUUCUUCAUUAUUUCUUUCUUUCUUUCCUUCUCUGUAAACACACACACACACACACACACACAGACACACACACACACACGUACACGGAACACAAAAAACGUACAUGUGUGAGCGUAUUCAUGUUUUGCUGACUUACAUGUGUGCGUGUGUGUGUGUGUGUGUGUGUGUGUGUGUGUAAAUAUUUCGACCAAAAUUUUGCUUUAUUUCCGUGUGUGUGUGUGUGUGUGUGUGUGUGUGUGUGUGUGUGUGUGUGUGUGUGUGUGUGUGUUUUGGUCAAAAAUUUAUCCCCCUAAAAAUAGUAUUAAAAAAAAAUAUUAUUACUAUUCUCAACUAUUAGCACAUAAGAAUAUUAAAAUUAAAAUCACAUGCAAAAAAAAAAUUAUCUCCAAAAAAAAAGAGUUAAGAUUAAAAUUUUGUGCGGGAGUGAAUGCAAUUUUAUUUAUUUUUUCGAUUUUUUUUUUUUUCCUUUAUUAUUAUUAUUUUUUUUUUUUAGCAUUUUUAUCUUGACCGAAAAUUACGCAAAAGAAAAAAAAAAGACGUAUUGGAGGAAAAGUUUGUUCAUUCGUUUGUUUGUUUGUUUGUUUGUGUUUGUUUGUUUGUUUGUGAAUUUGUUUAGUUUUUGAGGACAUUCAUUUUUUACCUCCUUUUGAAAAAUUCUUUAAAUCUACUGAAAAUUACUGAAAAUCUACUGUAAAUCUACUGAAAAGGAGCUGAAAAUCUACUGAAAAUUUACUGAAAAGGAGCUGAAAAUCUACUGAAAAGGAGCUGAAAAUCUUCUGAAAAACUACUGAAAAUGAGCUCAAAAUCUACUGUAAAUGAGCUGAAAAUCUAAUAAAAAUAAGCUGAAAAUCUACUGAAAAACUACUAUUAAUGAGCUGAAAAUCUACUGAAAAUUUACUGAAAAUGAGCUGAAAAUCUACUGUAAAUGAGCUGAAAAUCUACUGAAAAUUUACUGAAAAGGAGCUGAAAAUCUACUGUAAAUGAGCUGAAAAUCUAAUAAAAAUAAGCUGAAAAUCUACUGAAAAACUACUAUUAAUGAGCUGAAAAUCUACUGAAAAACUACUGUAAAUGAGCUGAAAAUCUACUGAAAAUGAGCUGAAAAUCUACUGAAAAACUACUGUAAAUGAGCUGAAAAUCUACUGAAAAUGAGCUGAAAAUCUACUGAAAAUGAGCUGAAAAUCUACUGAAAAACUACUGUAAAUGAGCUGAAAAUCUACUGAAAAUGAGCUGAAAAUCUACUGAAAAACUACUGUAAAUGAGCUGAAAAUCUACUGAAAAUGAGCUGAAAAUCUACUGAAAAACUACUAUUAAUGAGCUGAAAAUCUACUGAAAAACUACUGUAAAUGAGCUGAAAAUCUACUGAAAAUGAGCUGAAAAUCUACUGAAAAACUACUGUAAAUGAGCUGAAAAUCUUCUGAAAAACUACUGAAAAUGAGCUCAAAAUCUAUUGAAAAUGAGCUGAAAAUCUUCUGAAAAACUACUGUAAAUGAGCUCAAAAUCUAUUGAAAAUGAGCUCAAAAUCUACUGAAAAACUACUAUUAAUGAGCUGAAAAUCUACUGAAAAACUACUGUAAAUGAGCUGAAAAUCUACUGAAAAUGAGCUCAAAAUCUACUGAAAAACUACUGUAAAUGAGCUGAAAAUCUACUGUAAAUGAGCUGAAAAUCUACUGAAAAUGAGCUCAAAAUCAGGGCUGUGUUCUUGGCCCAAUGCUGUUUAUAAGUCUCAUCCGUGACAUCGUUGAACUCAAUAAUCUCAUUAGUAAUUUUGCA